UGGCUUCCAGCGAAAGGCGCGUUCCCGAAAGCGGCAGAGACAAGCAGGGGAGUUGAUUCAAAAGCAGUUCCUGAUAAAAUUAAUAUAGUAACUUGUAAUUGAGCGUUAACAUGUCUGAUGAGAAGCCAAAGGAUCCAGUUAAAACUGAGAACGACCACAUUAACUUGAAGGUGGCUGGCCAAGAUGGGUCAGUUGUCCAGUUUAAAAUUAAAAGGCACACUCCCCUCAGCAAACUAAUGAAAGCGUACUGUGAAAGACAGGGUUUGUCAAUGAGGCAAAUUAGAUUCAGGUUUGACGGUCAGCCAAUCAAUGAAACCGACACACCUGCACAGCUUGAGAUGGAAGAUGAAGACACUAUUGAUGUAUUUCAGCAGCAGACCGGUGGCGAGUGCUAAAGCUACAUCUCCCUUCUUACAAGGGACUGCGGACCCUGAUCAGACCCACUUCACUAAGCUCUGUCUGACAUUUUUCAGAUUAUUAUUUUUUUUUUUUUAAAUUGAAAUUUAUCUGAAAGGCAUUUGGCAGUUCUUGGUUUUUAAUCCCUGGUUGCAUCAUGGGUACCUGAUUUGGGUCUGGUUUGGACAUAAUUUGCUAGCAGAUAAACUAUUUGUGUAAGAGGAGGGGGUGGGGGGGACGGACGGGACUGUCUUAAAAUUUACAUUUUAAAAUGGGAACUAAGACUCCGUGGGGUGGGGUCUGGGGUGCAAUUGAUGAUUUAAACUGCCAUCACGGUGCAUUUACAAGGUACAGACAAGUAUGACUUUGUUUCUUUAUUUGUCUAUUAGAAUAGCCAUCCCCAUAAGCCCUAUAUUUUUUGUAGGGGUUGACUCCAAAACAGGUUAUUGUUCCAGCAAGGUUCUAAAAUGUGCUUUUUGAAUCCCACGUAGAAGGCAGUGUUUUAGACUGGGUAGUUGAAAUAAUUUCAUACAUGCCUGGGUGCAGUACUUUUUUAAAACAUCAAGUAUUUCUGUAGUGUUUUGCUGGAACAGUAACCAUAUACAAAAGGAUAAAGUGUGUAGCAGCAUAAGGGACUCCAGAACCACACUCAAGCUAAUAUUGCUUUUCCUCACAAGAGCGUGCUUUAAAAAAAUGUAAUAAAAUAAAUAAAUCCAAGAAUUUAUUUUAAUGUGCUCUAUAAAAAAACAAAAACAAAUAAAUUGUCUGCAUUUUAAUAUCAAACCUGAUCAAGUUUUUGAUUAUUUUUUUUUGUGUGGGGAGUGUGACAUAAAGCAAAAUAAUAAAAAGUCUCAAGUAGACUGAAAUGGAUGUGUUUUUUUUUCCUUAUUCCUUACCUGUAUUGUGGCGAAUAAGUGGAUGUUUGCUCUGCCUUGACUGCAUUAGGGCAUUUCUCCAUUAACAUGACUAUUCUGGUCUAAAAGAAAGCUUCACCAGUAGUUUGCAAUCUUGUUAGCGGAGAACAUUUUAAUUGUAUUUCUUUCUGCAUUUUCUUUUUCAUCAGGGUAGAAAAUUCCACUGAUUCUGUAAUGUUUCUCUACUGACUUGUACAUUUAUUUGUUGUUCUUUAUUACUGUAUACAAUAAAUAUAGUUUGGUAAUCA